AUCAAAUAUGGAUAUUUGGGAUUGUGUUGGUGAUGAAAAUGAGGACGAGCCUAUUGAUUCUCUCCUUAGCGCCGAGAACGUUGACUUGGAUGCUGUGAUCCGCAGUCCUGACCUUAUUCAGGAGAUCAGUGGAUUGAACGCUGAUCUGAUCGCUUACCUCAAGAAGCCAGAGAUCAUGAUGUCUCUCUUCAAGUUUGUUACAGACCCCGCUCCUGAGAGUGACGAGUUCGGACACUACAAGGUCCCCUAUCAGGCUGCAGAGAGUAUUGCGUGCUUCCCUGCCAAGGAUCUUGUGGAACCUGCGCAGAACGAGGAGGUGAUUAAGGCGCUCUUUGCUAUGUUCGAGGGCCAGACCAUCCGCAAAACUGAGGCUGGAUACAUUUCCAAGAUUGUGUCCGCGUACAUCUCCGCGGCUCCUUCCCAGAUGUACGCCUACUUGGCCGCUCACUCGGAGUCGGUCCUGUCGAGCCUUGCCAAGAAUUUGAUGCACUUCGGCACUUGCGAUAUCGUCCGUUUCCUUCUGGACGUGCCUCUGGAGAACGAGAAGCCCUGGUGGGGCGAGAGUGCUUCUUUCGUUGAGCCCUUCCUCGAGUGCCUUGCGAAUCCCGAGAUGACGAGCUACGCUUCGCUUCUGUUCACAUCGAUCAUUCAGCGCGCCACCGUCUUCGUCAAAACGGAGGCUCCGCGAGCUGCGGGCACGCUGAUUCCCUACCUGCUCUCGAGCGCCACGGCGGAGCGUCUGCUGAAGAUCGGCUUCGAGGCCACGGACCCGUUCGUGGGGGGCAACACCUUCGCGGUGCUGUCGCGUGUGUUCUGGACGAAGCUGCCCAGCGAGAAGUCGGGUCUGGGCGGCGAGGACAACGCGCUGCUGACCGAGGGCGUCGAUGACCGCGAGCGACUGGAGAUGGGAACGUUCAAGAUCCCCGAGACCACGAAGGCGGUGCGCGAGGUGCUGCUCGCCCAUGCCGAUGACUUCGUGCAGCUGCUGCAGCGUGCGGCGGAGGGCGAGAAGUGUGUGAAGAACGUGGACGAUGUGGAGAGAAAGGUGUGCCCGCAGAGCGUGAUGCUGCUAUCCGAGAUGUUCGAUCACUUGUUCGACUAUGCUGAGCCCGAUCUCUUCGUCCAGGCUCUGCAGAAGGGACUCAUCAAGCAGCUGCUGGAGACCGUGAAGACCUUCUCGUUCAACACGUAUCUGCACUGCCACGUGUUCGGUAUUCUGCGCAGACAGAUCGAACGCGGCGAUCUGCAACUCACGAAGCAGAUCUUCGAUGAGACGGCUCUGCUGGAUAUGAUGAAGGAGGGUGUGGUAUUGAAACGCCUCCCUCUGCGCGGCCAAUACAAUCAUAUGGUGGUGUUCCUGCGCGACCUCGCCAAGAGCAACGCGGAGUUCAAGGCGCUGCUGGAGGGCUAUGCACAGUGGAAGGAGAUCGAGCAGAGCAUCGCGGUGGAUGACCUGGAGAUCAUUCUCUUCGACGUGGGCAGCGAGGCGCAGACCACCGUCCCGGUGAGUCUGACCGAUAUUAAGAUCGACGACGAUGUGGAAAUGCCCAAAGCCGCCAAGGUGGAGAAACAGCCAGAGCCGAAGCUCGAGGAGGACGACUUCGACUUUGACGAGCCCGCAAGCGCAGAGCCUGCUGCCAAGGCGGAGAAGAAAGUGAAGAAAGUGAAGAAGGUCAAGAAAGUGAAGAAGGUCAAGAAGGUCAAGAAGAGCGAAAAGGCGGAGCAGGAGGAUGAGGACUUUGGAGAUGAGGACUUUGGAGACUUUGAGGAAGCUCCGGCUCCCAAGAAGGAGGCCAAGAAGGAAGCGAAGAAGGUCGCUGAUGACGAUGACUUCGGAGAUGAGGAUUUCGACUUUGAUGAGGCUCCGGCUCCAAAGAAAGCUCCCAAGAAGGAAACCAAGAAGCCCGCUAAGAAGGCAGCAGAGAUCGAGGAUGAAGAUUUUGACUUUGAUGAGUAA